UACGUUUCUGCUGAGGAUGGAGCACCUACAAGGGUACUAACCUUUCUGCAAUUUCUUUUUUUUAACCUUUUAUUUUUAUCCCCAAUUGGAAAAAAGCGCGCAGCGCGAGCAGGAAACUUUCCCAAAUUUGUUCUGGGGGUUUGAGGUCCUAGAGACUAUCUGCCGCCAGAGACCUGCUUUUGAGGCGGGCAGGGGUGGAAGUGGUGCUCAGGUGGAGGGGCAGAAGCAGCUCCUAGCCAUCCCCGGGCCCUGGACAUCUUGCGCGGGCCCGGGAGGGAGCCAGCGCGCUGCGGCCGCAGCAGGUGAGCCGCGGGAGAGCCGCCUGCAGCGCCACACUCCCUCCACGGCGUGGCGCCCUGGCUCCUGCCCGCCCCGGUCCCCUGGAGGCUGGGACGGCUCAGGGUCGGGGGCGGGAAAGGGACGAGGCGGACCUGCGAGGCUGAGCCCGCACCCCUUGCCCGACCUCCACCACUCUGGAGCGGGAAAGGGCGGGAGCAGAUCGCAGCCCGCACAGAGGACCACGGGCCAGGCAGGCGGCGGCGUGCUGGGCUCGGGGACCCGGGGCCAGCCUUCCGUGGAGCCCCAGAACAGAGUCGGCGCGCUCAGGGUGCGAGUUGGGGUGUCCUGGGAGGUGGGAACUGUGGCGUCCAGCGAGUCACAUCCCGCCGCUACCUGGGCCUCUGAAAAGUUUUUAAAAAUUACUUUCGGAACGACCAAAGAGGCUCCUACAGGAGUCGGGUCUAUUUGUUUUUUUUUGAUUCACAAAGGGAAACACAUGUGGGGUGAUGGCAGCUCCAAACCGAGGUUUAGUUACGCUCUUUGCUGUCACUCUGGACCUCGGAGUAUCACUCGGGCUCCCCGAGAUGGCUCUUGGCGAGGGCGAAAACUCCUCCCUGUGUGUGUUCUCUGUGUGCGUUCUGGAGUAGGGCUCCUUCACGGUUAGGGUGCACCCACCACGGGCUGGGGGCUCUCAGGGGUCGGGAGGUUGUGUGGCUGCUGGGACAGCAUUGUGAGGGUGAGGAUAGGGUCUUCGCAGGGCAUCUAGCGCGGCUUGCCCGCACGGGCGGGCUGGGCUGCCUCGGUGGCGCGUCGGCUAGGCUGGCACUCGGGCGCGCUGUCAACAGGGAGGUGUGUAGCGUAAGGUGUGCGAGUGGGUGUGUGGAGAGGGCCGCGGGGGCGGGAGUGUGUGUAGCGGAAGUGGGGCGAGUGUGUGUGUGUGUGUGUGGCGGGGAAGGGUGAGUGUCCAAGUCUCCAUCUGGCCGCCCCCACGCCGCCGACCGCCCAGACGCGCCGGGAAGGGCGCCCGCUCCGCGUAGCAGCUGGGGCAGGGGGCGGGCAGCGCGCAGGCAGAGGAAGGGGGGUGCCUCCGGUUGAGGAUUUCUCUCGAAGCUCCCUACAGUUAACUCUGUUCCUCCUAGGGUCUACCCCCCCACCCCAAGGUGCCCAAAAUACUUAAACAAACAAACAACCCAAACCUGUUCCGUUUUCGCUCCUGUAUAAAUAGAACAGACUUUCCAAAAAAGCAAUACCGCAUUCACUCUUAUCACCAGCCAUUUCUUUCCACCCAGUAAUUCAGAAAAAAGCAGUCAGCUUCCGUGAAUACAUCUAGCUUUUUUUUUUUUCGCUGCCUCCUUUUGCUUGCGGUUUUGAGCUGCCAAGAAAGUGAGUAGGGGUUUGACUGUAGUGUCUCGGCUCCGCUCGGUUUCUUUCCGAAGUUUAAUUUUCCGGAAUGGCUCCCAAACAAGGGCUGGGGAGGCGGGGCCGCCGGCACCGGAUCUUCGCCUUUUUUGGAAAGUCCGGGACAACCGGAAUUCCUCCCCGCCUUGGGAGGCUGAGCCGCAGCCUCCACCUUCUCUCCUGUUGAGCAGGGGCCAAGGUGGGCUCCGCAGCACGCCCCCUCCCCCACCCAGCCCGGCGCCCGGGGCCGGGGCUGCGACUCCGGCAGCGCGCCCUGGACCCCCGCGUGGGACCCCCGAGAGGGCUGCGAGCUGGGGAGUCGCGAGCCCAGAGGAGCCCGCGGAGCCGAGCCCGUAUGCAAAUUGACCAUGUGACGGCAAAAGCCGCCUGGCCCAGCCCUGUUCCUCAGUCCAUAUAUGGGCAGUGACGUCACGGGCAUUGAAGCCCUGCCCUUAAAUACUUAGAGCAACACUUUUCCGUCUAACUGAGAGCAGCAAUUGAUUAAUAGCUCGGCGAGGGGACACACUGACUGUUAUAAUAACACUACAUCAGCAACUCCUGGCUUUCCAGCGGCCGGAACACAGGAGUCCGUGGCGAAUAGCCGUGUUUUUUUUUUUUCUUAAAAAAAAAAAAGCAGCAACUUGUUUGCUAGUUUGAUUUUUGUUGGAUUUUUUUUGGGGGGUGGCUGUUUCCAAGUGUGGAGUGCAAAAGGAGAUACCAGCCCAGGCUCAGUUCAACCUCCCUCCAAAACGGCUUCUCUGACACUCCAGCUGUCUGACAGCAUUUACCCGGUGGAGGACCUCGCCGCCACGUCGGUGACCAUCUUCCCCAAUGCCGAGCUGGGAGGCCCCUUUGAUCAGAUGAACGGAGUUGCCGGAGAUGGCAUGAUCAACAUUGACAUGACAGGAGAGAAGAGGUCUUUGGAUCUCCCAUAUCCCAGCAGCUUUGCUCCGGUCUCCGCGCCCAGAAACCAGACCUUUACUUACAUGGGCAAGUUCUCCAUUGACCCCCAAUACCCUGGUGCCAGCUGCUACCCAGAAGGCAUCAUCAAUAUAGUGAGCGCAGGCAUUCUGCAAGGGGUCACUUCCCCAGCUUCAACCACAGCUUCGUCCAGCGUCACCUCUGCCUCUCCCAACCCACUGGCCACAGGACCCCUGGGUGUGUGCACCAUGUCGCAGACACAGCCUGACCUGGACCACCUCUACUCGCCGCCACCACCGCCGCCGCCACCGUACUCUGGCUGUGCAGGAGACCUGUACCAGGACCCCUCUGCGUUCCUGUCGGCAGCCACCACCUCCACCUCCUCCUCUCUGGCCUACCCACCGCCUCCUUCUUACCCGUCCCCCAAGCCGGCCACGGACCCCAGUCUCUUCCCUAUGAUCCCAGACUAUCCUGGAUUUUUCCCGCCUCAGUGCCAGAGGGACCUCCAUGGCACCGCUGGCCCAGACCGGAAGCCCUUUCCCUGCCCCCUGGACUCCCUGAGAGUCCCCCCUCCACUCACUCCACUCUCUACCAUUCGUAACUUUACCCUGGGGGGCCCCAGUGCCGGGGUCACAGGACCAGGGGCCGGUGGAGGCAACGAAGGACCCCGGCUGCCAGGCAGCAGCUCGGCAGCAGCCGCCGCUGCGGCCGCCUAUAACCCUCACCACCUGCCGCUGCGGCCCAUUCUGAGGCCUCGCAAGUACCCCAACAGACCUAGCAAGACCCCAGUGCACGAGAGGCCAUACCCGUGCCCGGCAGAAGGCUGCGACCGGCGGUUCUCACGCUCCGACGAGCUCACGCGGCACAUCCGCAUCCACACGGGCCACAAGCCCUUCCAGUGUCGGAUUUGCAUGCGCAACUUCAGCCGCAGUGACCACCUCACCACUCACAUCCGCACGCACACUGGCGAGAAGCCCUUCGCCUGUGACUACUGCGGCCGCAAGUUUGCCCGGAGUGACGAGAGGAAGCGCCACACCAAGAUCCACCUGAGACAGAAGGAGCGGAAAAGCAGUGCGCCCUCGUCCUCGGUGCCGGCCCCCUCCGCGGCCCCCUGCGCCGGGGGCACGCAGGCCGGGGCUGCCCUGUGCGGCAGCAACAGCAGCACUAUCGGCGGAGGGCCGCUAGCCCCUUGCUCCUCUAGGACCCGGACACCUUGAGAUGAGACUCAGUCUGACACCUGCUACUUCAAACCCGAGCCCCUGCCUCCACCCAAGCCCCAUGACAAACACUACCCCGCUCACCUGCCCUUCCUCCCCUCCUUGGGCGGAUGGCCUUGGUGGCGCCCAGCACCUCCUUUCUCCACUUAGAAGCAGGUCUCUCCUGAGCUGUAACCCAUUUUAGUCUCUCCGGUUGACCAUCAGCUGGAGGCAGUGGGGAGGCUGGGUGUGGGGGUGCCGGCCUAGAGGGCUGAGGUCCGGCCCUGCUUUAGGAGAUUGCUUGACCAGGUUUUGCUUCUUAUCUUCCCCUGCUUUUGACCCAUUACUGGUUUUUGACCCUGGCUGUCAGAGCUGAUGUGAGACUUUCUCUACAAUAGGUUGGGAGAUGCCGAUCCCGUCAAGUGGGGACGGCAAAGACAAGCAAAGCUGAUGUGCACUUUAUGGCUCGGGACUGAUUUGGGGGACGCUGUACAGUGAGUGAAGCAUGGCCUUUAUGCCACAUUUCUGUGGUCCAAGAACAGUGAGUCAAAGCUUACCUAGUCGUCUCAACCCUGAAGCAAUAUGUAUUAUAAACUCAGAGAACAGAAGUGCAAUGUGAUGGGAGGGACAUAGCAAUAUCUGCUCCUUUUUGAGUUGAGAAACGUACAGACUAUUUUUUCAGUGUAUAUCCACUAGAUUUUGUGUAUUUUUGAUGUGCACUGUUCUCCAAGUUCUGAACCUUUGGGAAAAAAUUGUAAAGCAUUUAUGAUCUCUUGAAAUGAGUCAGAGGUUAACUUAUUUAAAGGGGGAUGUACAUAUAUUCUCUUAAACUACGAUGCAUGCAAUUGUGUUGGAAGUGUCCUUGGUGCCUUGUGUGAUGUAGACAAUGUUACAGUGUCUGCAUGUAAAUGGGUUGCCUUACUAUGGAAAAAAAAUCACUCCCUGGGUUUAGUAUGGCUGUAUAUUUCUGCCUAUUAAUAUUUGUAAUUUUUUUUAGAAAGUAUAUUUUUGUAUGCUCUGUUUUGUGACUUAAAAGUGUUACCUUUGUAGUCAAAUUUCAGAUAAGAAUGUAUAUAAUGUUACUGGAGCUGCUUUGUUUGGUUAUUAGCUCUUAAUAGUUGUGGAACAAAAUAAAUGAUCUAUUCUAACACAGAACCACUAACUGAAGUUCAGAUAAUGGAUGGUUUAUGACUAUAAUGUAAAUAAAUAGUUUUCAACAAUA